AUGAAAAGCAAUGGUCAUCCCUCAAAUAAUUCUAUAAACGAACCAAUAAAGCAACAAGAAACAAAACAAAACAAUAAAUCCAGUCAUAAAACUCCACAUAAGCCACCAUAUUUAGCCCGAGCAAAAUUUCAACCAAAAACAUCCUCUUUUUCAAAUUCUUCAUUUCAAUCAUCAACUCCACCCAAACCACAGAUUGCAUUAAAAUCCCCAUCACCAUCACCAUCUCAACCAAAAACAUCCUCAUCUUCAUAUUCUUCAUUGUCAUCCCCAUCACCAUCUCAACCAAAAACAUCCUCUCCUUCAUUACCAUCAUCAACUCCACCCAAACCACGACAAAUUGCAUUAAAAUCCCCAUCAUCAUCAUCAUCAUCUCAACCAAAAACAUCCUCUUCUUCAUAUUCUUCAUUACCAUCAUCGACUCCACCCAAACCACAGCAUAUUGAAUUAAAAUCCCCAUCAACUGUUAAGAAAUCACCAAUUGUAAAGAAAACUAACUCCCCAAAAGGAUCUAAAUUUAAAAAAACAAUUCGUUCAAGUCGUUCUACUCGUGCAGGGUUAACAAUUUCAGUUUCCAGAGUUGAGAAAUUAUUACGAGGAAGAAGAUACAGUAAAAGAGUUAGUCCAACUUCAUGUGUUUUUUUAGCAGCUGUUUUGGAAUAUAUGGUACUUGAAUUAUUGGAGUUAUCUCUAAAUGAACUUAGUCUUUCCAAAAAAUCAAGAAGGAUUAAGAAUAGACAUAUUAACCUUUCUAUUUUAAAAGACGUUGAGCUCAGUGCUCUAUUAAAUGACGUUAUAAUUUGUAGUGGUGGUGUUUUAUCCUCUAUUCAUCCAAGUUUACUAAAACUAAAAAAAGAUCAAUAA